AUGACCAUGGACGAUGAAGGUGAAAAGUGUAUGCUGAGCCUGUUGAGUGCACAGGCUGACCAUGCCGGACAGUAUGAGUGCAAUGUGGGGACUGACUCUGCUCUUUCCAGGUGUAUGUGGAUGAGGCUGUAGUGGUGAUCUUAGAGCGUGACCAGAUCAUGCCGCGCAGGGGGUGCACUGUGUCUGAGGACCUCAGGCUGGCACUCUCCCUGUCUCGAUCUGACUCUGAAGUGAGGUGGUACAAGGACGGCGAGCGGCUGAAAGACAAUCCGCACAUACUAGUGGAGGAGAGGGGAGCAGAGUGCUCACUGACCAUCCUGGGAGCGUCGGGUGAUGACGCUGGCGAAUAUCUAUGUGAUGCCCGCAACGAGAGCUUCAGCUUUUAUGUCACUGUGGGAGCGCCACCUGUCACCAUCGUGGGUAACAGCGGAACGCCUGAGCACCAUGUGUUGGUGACUGGAGAUGACCUGGUUUUGGCCUGUGAACUGUCAAGGCCAAACUUCAAGGUGCGCUGGCUCAGAGAUGGGGAGGAGCUGGUGUCGGGAGGGCGUGUAAAAAUCUUGGCCCGGGGCGCUCAUCGUCAGCUCACUGUGCAAAGCGUCCGGCCGUCUGACUCCGGCACUUACACUUGUGACGCCGGCUCCGACCAGCUACGAGCAGAAGUUCGUGUAGAAGCGCCCCGUCAGGUGGAGUUCCUCACCACGCUACAAAACGUCACUGUUCUGGAAGGAGACACCGCUACUUUUAAGUGUGUUGUCUCUCCAGAUGAUGUCAUUCUUCACUGGGAGCUGAAUGGAUCCCCGGUGAAUUCAGACCGGAGGGCCAGCAUGGCGAGCAAUGGACUGUGCCACUCUCUGACCUUACAUGGGUGCCGUCUUUCAGAUUCGGGUACCAUCACCGCUAAUGCUGAGGGGCUCAUCUCUCGGGCAAGGCUCAGAGUGCAAGAGGCACACGUGAUGUUUGUUCAGGGUUUGGAGGACAAGGAGAUGGAAGAGGAAGAAGACAUCACCUUUCAGGUCCAGGUGACCACGGAGAGAGGAGAGGUGCGCUGGGUGAAGCAAGGAAUAGUUAUCCAGCCCAGCGAUAAAUUUUCAUUUGAGGAUAUGGGCUGCACCCACAAGCUGACUAUCCGCUGUGUCCAGGCUUCCGACCGGGGCCGCUACAGCUGUGAGAGCCUUCAUGACAGGACUGAUUGCCGCCUUAAUAUCCUACCACGCAGUAUAGCAAUAAAGAAAGGCCUUCAAGAUGUGAAGUGUGAAGAAGGGAGUAAUGUGGAAUUUGUGGUGGAGUUAUCCCAUGAUGAUUUGGUUGGAGAAUGGUGGAAGGGUGGAGUCCGUCUGACCUCUGAUGACCGCUGUAACAUUAGGACAAGUGGUCGUCAACAUUUUCUGCUUCUCUCGGAUCUCAGCAUCCCAGAUUCAUCGGUCAUAGCUUUCACCACUGACACUCUGCGCAGUACAGCACAGUUGACGGUCACUGAGCCUCCUCUGACCAUCACACAGCCUCCACAGGACUUUGUGGUCAAUGAGGGCGGACUAGCUACAUUCCAGUGUGAGGUCUCCAAACAAGAGGCUGUUGUGACCUGGAGUAAGAAUGAUGAGCAACUGGUUCCCAGUUCAUCAUGUCGUAUGUUCUCUGUUGGGCGACGAAGAAUCCUUCAUCUCAGUCAUUGUGAGCCGCAGGAUGCCGGGAUUUACACGUGUCACGUGGAUGAAUUGGCUGCAUCUGCCACUUUACGUGUCCUGGAACAAGAACCACAAGUGAUGAAAGACCUGCAGGACGUGGAGAUAGUAGAGAAUGACAACGCUGCCUUCAUCUGUGAACUGUCCUGUGCUCAGGCCAAGGGGGAGUGGUUCAAAAAUGGCGAGAAAAUCAAAGUGACCUCAACCACAAAGAUCCGUCAGGAAGGACGAAGGCAUUUCCUGUUGAUCUGUGGGGCCCAAUGUGGAGACUCUGGAGAAAUACUCUUUCGAGCAAGAAGAGCCGAGUCAAGAGCCAAGCUUGUAGUAACAGAGCUCCCUGUGCGCAUAGUGAAGGCGCUAAGAGACAAGACAGCCCUGCAGGGUCAUCGGGUCAUCCUGGAGUGUAAGGUCAGCCCGGCCCGAGCUCGGGUCACCUGGCUGCGAGGAGGACAGGUGAUCUUACCAUCCGACAAAUACCAGAUAACCAGUGAAGAUGCAUAUCGGACGCUGUUCAUCAAUGAUGUGGGCCCAGAAGACGAGGAUGUCUAUGCAGUGAAGACUAGUGGGGGGCAGAGCUCAGCUCGUCUGAUGGUGGAAGGUUUGGCCAUUCAGCUGAUUCGUAAUCUGAAAGAUGUCAAGGUGACGGCCCCUGAUGACGCUUGCUUUGAGUGUGAGGUCUCCAUUUCUCUUCCCCGUCCCCCUCAGUGGAGUCUGAAUGGGGUGCUACUGCACAAUGGUGGAGAUGUCCUCAUCGAAAGCAGAGGAAACCGGCACAGGCUCUCCCUGAGGGACACGUAUCCUGGAUUGUCGGGAAUUGUCAAAUUUACCGCCGGCAAGACGCGCUCAGAAGCCAAGCUCACUGUGCUA